AUGGGGCGGCAGAAGAGUGAGUCCAAGGGGGUGGGCGGAAGAGCUCUAGUUGUAGGUAAAGUCAUGGAUGUUGGCACCUUGUUGCAGCGUCAGAUGGAGCUGCACGGGGCGCUUCGGCGCCCGCCUCACACGGUUGCUCAGCUCCAGGAAGUCCACCGGGUCAUGAAGGAGGUGCUGAGUUUCUUUCAGCGUGUGAGGUCCACAGCGAGCGUGCUUAGCAGCUCACCAGAAACCGUCUUUCAGUGCCUUAUGCACAUUGGCAUGGGAGACGUUGUCAGCUUUGACAAGCAGCGACGCGAUGGUGCGGUGCCGAUGCAUCAAGCAAAGGUGCUGUCUCGGACCAACGCGAUUCAAUUAGAGCCCCGCCUUCGAACCGCUGUUCCGGCUGAUGUGUUAGAUGCCAUGGUGGCCCUGAGUAAAACCACUCGAACCCUGCUGCGCAUCAAGGUGGAGGACGGCAAUGACUUCACAAUUGCGGAGACUGCAUUGCGGCAAUCCAUAGAGUACCUGGACUAUAUUGAUGCCGCCUCGGGAAGCGUUCCUGAGGUCAUGUUCAAAUUCUACAUGGUGGAGGACGAGGCAUCGCUGUUAUCGCUCUUGGGGCACACCCUGUCGGAGACUUCGCGUGGACACUCUGAGGGUGGAACCUCAACAGAAGUAACGGCUACUCUGCCAUCUGAUGAAGACUUAGAAAAAGAGCUCCGUCGACUGGCACACGUGUGCACAUCUACGACAGAGACAGCAGGGGAUCGAGUAAGUGCCCUGCGAACCAUCAAUUCCUGGAUAGACAUGAUGGAGGAAGAUAAAUUUCUUCUCCAUAUCCGUCAGGUGGCAUCCCAUCUUUCAGGCCCUUUGGCAGUGUGCGCUGCGGAAAAGCGCUCCGCGGUAUGCCGACAGGCGUGUAAUGUUAUGGUGAGUAUCGCAGAAAGAACCCCCGCAAGGCUUUACCAAGAGGGGCCACUGAAAGUGGCCCUCGCCAAGUGGUGUUCUGUUCUUGUGCGUGGUGUCUUUGUCACGGUGUCGGCAAUCGCACAGGCCACGCACGCCGCUCUUCGGGUUCUUGUAAUUGGCAGCGGAGGCAACGCGGCGGCGCUAAAAUGCAUCAUAGAUGGUCUAGAAUCUGGCACUCACCCGGAACUGCGGCGCAAGUGUUUGGGCUAUCUUGUCCUUGGCGUUGUCGCCUCGCGGGGUGAAGCCUGCGCGGCCCACCCCAACCUUGCCGCGGUGUCGGCGAAGUACAUGGAGACUGGGGACAGUGCGUGCAGAAAGAUGGCACGGACACUUUAUAUUGCCCUCGUCCACUUCGCUGGGGCGCCCAACGUGACGGUAAACCGGAAAUCCGAAUCUCUCAUUCUGCAGGAGGAGAUGGAGCUGAGCGGGGUCCUGGAUGACGUUGAAGACCUUGACAAAGUUGUGUUUGGCGGAGAUGCGGAAAGGCGGGUCUCCACCGGCCCCAGCGUGCAGCGUGGCACGGCCCAAUUCAGCACACCCACCACAUCGUCCAGAACACAUGCGGUGCGGCGCGAGUGCACGCAGCCCUUCACGGUGGACAUCUACGAUACCUCCGCCUGCCUCGGGACGCUGGAUACGCUGCAUGAGGGAGCGCAGCCAACCAGGCUUCCCGCUGUGCCCUCGCGGGGGAACAGCCCCCAGUUGAAGACCCCCACCAGAAUUCGGCUUCAUUCAUUUUCUCUGCUGGAAGACGAGGCUGCGCCUGCUCCGCCAGUACAGCCGAAGGCCGUGAAAUUGAGCGCCUCGUUGCGUCGCAAGAUAGAAGAGGCUUCGUCUCUCCCCGCCUUACGUCACUGA